GUAAAAUUUUUUUGUUUGUUUGUCUCAGUUCCAGACCUGGAAGGCCUCCUAAGAGGACUCAAAGUGUCACCUCCCCAGACAACUCUCAUAUCAUGCCGCAUUCUGUCCCUGGACUCAUGUCUCCUGGAAUAAUUCCACCAACAGGUUUGACUGCAGCUGCUGCAGCCGCUGCAGCUGCUACCAAUGCAGCUAUUGCUGAAGCAAUGAAGGUGAAAAAAAUCAAAUUAGAAGCCAUGAGCAACUAUCAUGCCAGUAACAACCAACAUGGAGCAGAUUCUGAAAACGGGGAUAUGAAUUCAAGCGUCGGCAGCAGUGGUGGUUCUUGGGAUAAGGAAACACUGCACUCUUCCCCAUCCCAGGGAUCUCAGGCGCCUGGUACACAUGCCCGCAUGCCUGCUGCGUAUAGCCUUCCAGUUAGUCAUCCUCUCAACCAUCUUCAGCACAGCCACCUUCUGCCAAAUGGACUGGAACUUCCUUUUAUGAUGAUGCCCCAUCCUCUAAUCCCUGUAAGCCUACCUCCAGCAUCUGUCACCAUGGCAAUGAGCCAGAUGAACCACCUUAGUACCAUUGCAAAUAUGGCGGCAGCGGCACAAGUUCAAAGUCCUCCAUCUAGGGUGGAGACAUCAGUUAUUAAGGAGCGUGUUCCUGAUAGUCCCUCACCUGCCCCUUCCCUUGAGGAGGGCCGAAGGCCUGGCAGCCACCCAUCAUCACACCGCAGCAGCAGCGUGUCCAGCUCCCCUGCACGGACCGAGAGUUCUUCCGACAGAAUCCCUGUGCAUCAGAAUGGAUUGUCCAUGAAUCAGAUGCUGAUGGGUUUAUCACCAAAUGUGCUUCCUGGGCCAAAGGAGGGAGAUUUGGCUGGUCAUGACAUGGGACACGAGUCAAAAAGAAUUCACAUUGAAAAAGAUGAGACCCCGCUUUCUACACCAACCGCAAGAGACAGCAUCGACAAACUUUCUCUAACUGGGCAUGGGCAACCACUGCCUCCAGGCUUCCCGUCUCCCUUCUUAUUUCCCGAUGGCCUGUCUUCCAUAGAGACCCUUCUCACUAACAUACAGGGCCUCUUGAAAGUUGCCAUAGAUAAUGCCAGAGCUCAAGAGAAACAGGUCCAACUGGAAAAAACAGAACUGAAGAUGGAUUUCUUAAGGGAAAGAGAGCUAAGAGAGACACUGGAGAAGCAGUUGGCCAUGGAACAAAAAAACAGAGCCAUCGUCCAAAAGAGGCUAAAGAAGGAAAAGAAAGCGAAGAGAAAACUGCAGGAAGCUCUGGAAUUUGAGACCAAACGCCGUGAGCAAGCAGAGCAGACGCUGAAACAAGCAGCUUCAGCAGACGGUCUCAGGGUCUUAAAUGACUCCCUGACCCCAGAGAUAGAAGCUGACCGCAGCGGCGGAAGAACAGAUGCUGAAAGGACAAUACAAGAUGGAAGACUGUAUUUGAAAACUACCGUCAUGUACUGAAUCUUUCCUAUUGAAGAAAUCCAUCCUUUCAUACAGAACUCUGGAAUCAGACAUUCGUUGCUGGAAAGUUCAGGAAAACAAACAAAAAUAAGUCCAUAUAAAGGAACUUCUAUUUUGUGUGUUAAGGCUCUUUAACAUAAAGCAGAAAAGUUUCCGCCAUUGCUUUUCCACCUGUGGUUCAUCCCGGAGACUGAGAAUGUUUAUAAAUCUACACAUCUCAACCUUCCCACAGUUAAUAACUCAGCUGUGCUGCUGGACACGUGUAGACAGAGAUAACGAUGGGUCUUAAGAACACCUAGCAUUGAUUUGUUUUCUUUUUGUUCUUAAUGGAAUGAACCAUUUCUCCUCUUCUGAAAAUUCUGUAACUGAACGCAUCAACAGACUGUUGCAAUGUCACCCAGACUUAUAGACCUGUGCCUCACAGAAACCAGCAGGAAUAUAUGGGAUGACCCUGUAGGGGGCAUCGAGGAUGCUGGAGGGGAAUGAGAGAAGUGAAAGUAUUCUGUUACGUUCGAUUUUAAACUCUCUAAUUGUGGAUUUUCUUCUGAAGACUUUUUUCAUAUACUUUCUGAAAGACCAACAAAUGUGUGUUAACAACUCAAUGGAAUUACAUUUUGCAUAUCUGAAACAGAAGCAUUGAAUAUAAGCCAAAAGGUUUCCCUGAUGGUCUCUUUUUCUUAAAGAUAAAAAAUAUAUAAAUAUAUAUAUAAAUAUAACAUGUUUUCAUUCCAAACUGGUAGUGGUAUAUAGGAUUACAAAUAACGUUGCUUCUUACUCAAACUGUUGGUCACAUGUACAGUAUAUAAACAUAAAACUCACAGGAAGGUAUUAUGUAUGCAGUAGUAUACUAGCGUUUAGGCAAUGAAAAUUUUAGAAAAUAUGUUUUGUCACCCUGUGGGUCAGAAAGAUGUCUUUCUGGUUUUAACGCAUGCAGGCAUGUAAAUAUUUGUCUGGAGUCACAGUAUUAAUGAAUGAGAUCUUAUGAAUCUGGUGACAUCAGAACUCUGUGUCAGUCACUUUUAUUUGUAUAUUGAUCCCUAGUGAGUGUCCCACACUGCACUACAGAGGAGGAAUUGUGACUGACCAGUAAAUCAAAACACCAGAGAUAUUUUUAUAUGUUAAUGUCAUAAUAUGUUAAUGUUGCUGAAAAACAAAACUUACCAAGCCCUUGGUGUAUUGGUCCAAUACCACGUAGCCCCGAGUGAUGAAGUGAAGCUGUACCGUGCUUCCCACCCUGUUCAGAGGGUAGGGUGGCUAUGUGUUAUUUUUUACUGUCUUUUUGAAAGUUACAGUAUGUGUUUUCAUAUUUGUGCAUAUAACUGGAAGUAAAGCUGCAAACAGUGCUAUUACACGCUGAAGUUCCCUUUGUUUUUACACAAUAGGAGCGACACUUUUAAAGACUUACAGGAAUCAGUGCCGUUGCUGUACAUUUUAUGAUUGUCUCUGCCAUUCUAAAAUUUUAUAAAAUAACAUUUUUAUUCCCAUAAAGCAACAAAGUAAUAAGUCUAAAGAAGCUAGUUUCAAUGUAUAAAGAUAGUUCUGAUUGGGUAAUCAUUAUUUGCUUAAGAAAAACUAUCCCAUUAUGGAUACUGUGUCACUAAGCUCCUGGACUUUUUAGGUCUUCCUUGCAGUUCUGAAACGUAACUAAUUCUUGGCUGUAACUUGCUAUUAACUGGUUAAGUCCAUUUUUAAUACAACAAAGGGUUAUAUGUACAGUCCUUCUUUUAGCUUGCUUUAAAAGGGAGUGAUAUUUUAAUUUAAAAUAUUAUUAGUAACUGCUUUAUAGAAACUUGGUUUGCUGAGCAUAAUUCUUCCAUGACCAUGUUUUGUUGUUUGAGGAAAAGAGAGUCUUUUCCUACUUACAGGUAUAUUUUGUUUGUUUUUCCCUACAUACAGUCUUUCAAAAGUUACAACACUUAAAAUUGGAUGGACUUGUGUCAAGAUUUGGAGUCAUACAUUAACAGAGUUUUUUAAAGCUUACCAUUUACAUAGGCAGCAGAGUUGGUCUCUGCUCUGCUCCUGGUAUAGAGUCGCCUGUUAAGUGGGGCUCAUCAUUUUGAAAUGCAUACAUGAAAGACCUCUGAGAAUGCUUUAGUGUUUGGUUCAACAGAAAGAAAAUAUUAGAACUGAAGAAAAAUGCUGUCCGCUGUAUGUUGAGACUCUUAUUAACCCGUUGUAAAUAAUACAAUUCACACAAUGUUAAUGUAAGUUUGUAACUUAAUUUUCCCCUUUUUAGUUAAACAGGUUUGUUUAGAAACUUGUGUUUUGGUGUAAGCAAGUAAAAUCGUGUCCAUUUUAUGGUUUCCAUGCUUUUUUAAUCUUACAAAUAUUAACGUCUAGUUGUUCUAUAUUAUAACCAUAUUUGCGCUCUAUGCAAGCCCUUGGAACAGAACAUACUCAUCUUCAUGUAGGACCUAUGAAAAUUGUCUAUUUUUAUCUAUAUAUUUAAAGUUUUCUAAAAAUGAUAAAAGGUUAUUACGAAUUUUGUUGUACAAAAUCUGUACAAAAAUCUGUUUUUACAUCAUAAUGCAAGAAUUGGAAAUUUUUCUAUGGUAGCCUAGUUAUUUGAGCCUGGUUUCAAUGUGAGAACCACGUUUACUGUUAUUGUAUUUAAUUUCCUUUUUCUUUUCAACAAUCUCCUAAUAAAAAUGUCUGAAAUCGCCUUGUGACUUUA